AUGUCGACUCUAGAACUGUUCCUUCGUCGUGUCGAUUCCGUUGUUUGGGUCCAUCAAGAGGAGAAGGUAGAGCUUGCAAAACUGUUAGAGUGUGUCCCUAUCUCUGUGAAAGAAAUGGUGGAGGAGCUGGCCACCAAAAUCAAUGUCUUUCAGGCCUACAUUUCUCAACUGAAACUUGAUAGGUUUGUUCUUGUUGCUGACAUGUUGUUUGUUCAACAAACAGCUGAGUGCGAUCUCUGA